GGAGAGAGGAAACGACGAGAGGAUGGUGUGUUGAGACUCAGUCAGUGUGUGUGUGAGAGAGAGAAGGAGUGAGAGAAAAAGAAGGGUGGGGUGCUGGGCGGAAGGACGGAUGAGGAACAUGCCAAGUGGAGAGAGAGAGGUCCAGCUAUGACAGCUAUGCUCAGCCCCAAGAUCAGACAGACCAGGAGAGCCAGGUCCAAGAGCAUGGUGAUGGGAGAGGUGUCACGGGGCCCAUGUCGUCCAUCCUCCCCCGGUGUCCAGGAGGGGGUGCUCAAGGCUGGCUGGCUGAAGAAACAGCGCAGCAUCAUGAAGAACUGGCAGCUCCGCUGGUUCGUGCUGCGCUCCGACCAGCUCUACUUCUACAAGGACGAGGAGGAGACCAAGCCACAGGGUUGUAUACCUCUGCAGGGCUGCCAGGUAAACGAGCUCACGGCUAACCCAGAUGAGCCAGGAAGGCACCUGUUUGAGAUCGUACCAGGUGGUACAGGAGGAGAGAAGGACCGAGCAGGGGUCAGCCAUGAAGCCUUCCUCCUCAUGGCCAACUCCCAGACAGACAUGGAUGACUGGGUCAAAGCCAUCCGCAGGGUCAUCUGGGCGCCUUUCGGAGGAGGCAUAUUUGGCCAGCGUCUCGAGGACACAGUGCAGUAUGAAAAGAAGUUUGGACCACGUCUGGCCCCUCUCCUGGUGGAGCAGUGCGUGGACUUCAUCAGAGAAAGAGGUCUGGAUGAAGAAGGCUUAUUUAGGAUGCCAGGGCAAGCCAACCUGGUAAAAGAGCUACAAGAAGCAUUUGACUGUGGAGACAAGCCUCUUUUCGACAGUAACACAGAUGUCCACACGGUGGCGUCUCUGCUGAAGCUUUACCUGCGCGAGUUGCCUGAGCCAGUGGUUCCUUUCGCCAAAUAUGAAGACUUCCUCUCCUGUGCCCAGCUACUUGCCAAAGACGAGGAGGAAGGUGUACAGGAGCUGGGAAAACAAGUCAGCACGUUACCUCUGGCCAACUAUAAUCUCCUGAAGUACAUAUGCAAGUUCCUUGAUGAGGUCCAGUCACAUGCGAGUGAGAACAAGAUGGGAGUUCAGAACCUGGCCACAGUAUUUGGACCAAACAUCCUCAGGCCUAAGAUGGAGGACCCAGUGGCUAUCAUGGAGGGCACCUCUUUAGUCCAGCAUCUGAUGACCAUCCUGAUCAGAGAUCAGAAGCGUCUGUACUCAGGUAGGGACCAGGAGGGUCCUGAGCUGGACGUCACCCUCCCUGGGCAGCAGCUCCAGCACCGCAGCCUUGGGGCCUGGAUCUCCGAGGAGGAUCUCCACAGCUGCCCCACCUCACACCCGGACCAGGACCUUCACAGCAGCAGUGCCUCCUCCCUGGAUGCCAAGCUCUGUGCUGCCAUCACCCCCAGUCCCAACCCCAACCCUACCCCCAGACUGGGAAAGGGUGAGACGUUGGUCAGCCCCAGCAAGCAGGCUAAGACCCUGCCCUCCUGGAAGUAUUCUUUCAAAGGAUCGUCGGCACCUCGGACCCAGGCUCAGGCCAAGCAGAUCGUUGGAGGAGGAAGUGCCACGGCUGACGCCAGCAGCGUGACGUCUGGCGGUGGAGGGGGGAACUGGUUGAUGAACGGGUUGUCGUCUCUGAGGGGACACCGGCGCACCUCGUCAGGGGAACGCGCCCGCGACCGGGACUCCACCGGCUCCUCUCAAAGGCUGUCCACCUACGACAACGUCACGUCCUCCUCGAGUAUGGGGAGCGUGCCCAGCGUGGCCAGCACGCCCUGGUCUACGUCCUCCUGCGAGAUCUCCGUUCCAGACUCGGGAGGCAGUGAGUCCGCUGGGCAGCAUUGUGGAGGGGGUGGAGAGAAGGAAGACUGGCAGGAGCUGGGCUCCCCUCACGGCCAGAGAGAAAGGGACAGGGGGGAAGGAGGCGGGAGAGGGGAGGCGGGGGUGGACAGGGGCUCGGAGGACAGCUGCGAGGCGAUGGAGCUGUGUGUGAGCAGCGCCGGGUGCAGCGACAACGGGAACAGCAUGGCCGCCGUGCCGACCAUCGUGAUGUCAGAGGACGGAGAUGGGGACGGGGCUUCCAGGGCGUUGAGCUGUCUGGUUGAGGGACUUCAGGAAGAGCUGAGCAAACAGAAGACCGCUUACGAGAGCCGCAUCAAAAAGCUGGAGGACUCCAGCAUGGCUUUGUGUGCCCAGAUGGAGCGUCUGGAGCAGGAGAUGGAGCAGGAGAGAAAGAAGCAGCGCAUGCUGGAGAUCAAGCUGCGCAACUCGGAGAGAGCACGCCAGGACGCCGAGAACCGCAACCGCCUCCUGGAGAAGGAGAUGGAGGACUUCUUCUCCACGCUGGGGGACCUGGCACUCGGGGCAAGGACUAGCGACAUUUGAGAGGGAACUGGCGACAUUUGAGUGAUAACUCUGAUAUCUUUGAAUAUAUGCUUGAGGGUAAAAAUGAAGAAGGCUACUUCAGCAGCAAAUGAUUAGAGGCAUAUUACUGCAUCACGUUUCAAUCAGCGCUCGUGUUGGAAUAAAAAAAGUGAUGCUGAUAGUGACGAGGACGAGUGAUAAAAGAAAGGCCCCAUGGUUACCCCGUCAUGAUGCCUCUGAACCAUUGAUUGAAUUGGAAUGAAACUAGUAACAAAGAUGUAUGCUGGCCAUUAACUCAAUCAGGUCCAUGACUGUUUUAAAGUAUUGGUCAGUCUGUCAUUGUACCCUGACAGGGUUUGUAUACCAGUACUAGGACUCUGAGAUCUGAAGUAGUGUUUUUUUAAGCUGUAGGAAACUUGAGCUGUCGAUUACUUUGUGUUGGUAGGUCAGUACUGGCCUUUUCUAAAACACUGCCAUUGCUUUAAAUGGGACUCAGUGAUGAGGUCUCUGGGCUCAAUGAAUGGACUUUGUAAAUGAUGGGAUGCAGGAAAGGGUCGAGCAUUGGAAUCUCUAAUCUCCACGCUAAUAUCGAUAACAUUUAUAUUAACUUUAAAGUAAAAUAUGAGGGUUUAAACAACUGACAUAAUGAAUAAGCAGUGCCUACAAUACAAUUCAAUAAGCAUUAAGGCUAUAAAGUGUAUGCCAUGUUGUCCAUACAUCAUCUGUCAGUUAGCAUUAAAAGUCAUUUGCUGGCCCUAAAGUAGGCCUGCAGUACACUGUGCGUACAAGACACAUUGAUACCAAAACCUGUGCUUAGGGUCAGAACUGGAAGCCAUUUUGGUUUUGGCACACAAAGCUGACCGCUACCCGUAAAGUCACCAGGAAGCAGUUCUCAGGCUGUGCCUUCAGGGAAUGGCCCUGUUUUCAUUUUCUGUGAAUGCAACCUCCUUUCCUCCCUUCCUUCGGAGAAAGUAGUCAUCUGCCAUGACAAUAUAUAAGCCGUGUGGAGUAGCACAUAUCCAAGUUCGAAGGGGAGUAAGAAGGGGUGUAUUUUUUGACUCAAACCUGCCCAUGGUGUUGAAUUAGAAGAUGGAGGAUGUUAUGCCUGCUUGUCCAUUGUUUCAGAAAGUGAUGCCUCUCUGUAUAGUUGUCAUUAUUUAUCAUGUAUCUGGAUUACAAAAGAGCAAAGAAACCAGUGUAAGAACCUGCUGAGGAAAGGUGCCAAUUGUGAAUCAAAAGACGAUAUUGAGUGAAGAAUGUACACCGUAAUAUAGUGAAUGUAAUGUGAUGUUGAUGAAGCCAGCCCUGUCCAAUUAAAGUCUAGAAUUAAACAAAUUAAAAUUAAAUAUGAUAAUUAGGAUUGAAUGCAUUGUUAACUAUUGCUGAUGAAUACCUUUUCAAGGAAAUUCAAGCAAGUUUUAAUUUAUUGUGAGCCUUGCAUGUGGUGAAAUUGUUGAUAGUUAACAAGCCCCCUUGUUCAGAUUAUAACCACUACAGACUUAAACAGUCCAAACCAGUUGCUCUUUAAGCAGCAUUCUAUUGUGAGAAAGUGCUUUUAGUUCAAGACAAUGUGACUGUAAUUUAUAUCAUUUGUAUUGUAUUUUCAUUUUUUACAUUUUAUAAAACUGUGUAAUUCAAUAACUGAAUCACAUGCUGUUCAUAUGCUUAUAUUUACAAAGUGAUGUUUCUAUGGAGAUGUCCUUCUCAAUCCCAGGUUAAAUGUCUUAUCUAUGAGAACUAGAUGGUGCUUAUUUAUUAUGGGUAUUAAACACUUCUAAUAGAGGUCACACUAUAGAAAUAAAUACAUACUGAUGUCAUGGAGUUACAGUUUAUAUGAAAGUAUAGACUAGUCAUUAUUACAGUCUAGAAAGAAACAUGAUCAUCAUUUCACACUCCCCCUCCC